AGCCUCCGCCUCUAGAACCGCAGCGCGCCGGCGGUCACCUGGGGCUGUCCGGCAGGGCAGCGGAUCGCAGCGGGAAGGGCGUGCUAGCCCGGGGGAGCCGGAGCGGGGUUCGGACGCGAGGUGCGGCGAGGGCAGGCACGGAGCGCGGCGGUUCCCCCGCGGGUCUGGCGGAGGAUGCGGGAGAGCACGUGGGUGUCGCUGCUGCUGCUGUUGCUGCUGCCCGAGCCACAGUGGGGCGGCCCCCAGGACGGCAGCCGGGAGCCGGAGCCGGAGGCAGAGCACGGCCGGCUGCAGCCCUUCGACCUGCUCUACGCCAGCGGAGUGGCUGCCUACUACAGCGGCGACUACGAGAGUGCGGUGCGUGAUCUGGAAGCCGCGCUGCUCAGCCACCGACGCCUGCUAGACAUCCGCACGCGCUGCGCCCGCCACUGCGCCGCGCGCCGCCCGCUCGCACACCCCGGCUCCGGCCCCGGAGCCGAGCUGCCCUUCUUCCGAGCGCUGCUCGCGCGGGCGAGCUGCUCCCGCAGCUGCCAGAGCCAGCGCUUGGGCGGCCCCGCGUCCCGCCACCGCGUCAGCGAGGACGUGCGCAGCGACUUCCAGCGCAGAGUGCCCUACAACUACCUGCAGCGGGCCUACAUAAAGCUUAACCAGCUGGAAAAAGCCAUGGAAGCGGCCCACACGUUCUUCAUGGCCAACCCUGAGCACAUGGAAAUGCAGCAGGACAUAGAGGACUAUAGAGAGACAGCAGGGGUGGGAGCCGUCCAGCUGGUAGACAGAGAAGCCAGGCCACAUCUGGAGAGCUAUAAUGCAGGAGUUAAACACUAUGAGGCCGAUGACUUUGAAGCCGCAAUCAAGUACUUUGAGCAAGCUUUAAGAGAAUAUUACAAUGAAGAUGUGGAAUGCCGAGCUCUAUGUGAGGGACCACAGAGAUUUGAAGAAUAUGAGUACUUAGGGUAUAAAGGCGGUCUUUAUGAGGCGAUUGCAGAUCACUACAUGCAGGUGCUGGUCUGUCAGCAUGAGUGUGUAAGGGAACUUGCCACACGCCCAGGCCGCCUCUCACCAAUUGAGAACUUCCUUCCCUUGCAUUACGACUACCUACAGUUUGCCUACUACAGAGUUGGUGAAUAUGUGAAAGCCUUGGAGUGUGCCAAAGCCUACCUGAUGUUCCAUCCAGAUGAUGAGAAUGUCCUGGACAAUGUAGAUUACUAUGAGAGCCUGCUAGAUGACAGCAUUGACCCAGAAUCUAUUGAAGCCCGAGAGGAUUUAACAGCAUUUGUCAAACGUCAUAACCUUGAAUCUGAACUGAUAAAGUCAGCUGCAGAGGGUCUGGGAUUUUUAUAUUCUGAACCGAAUUACUGGGUCAGUUACGGAGAACGGCAGGAUGAGAACCGGGUUCCUUUAGGAGUGAACAUGGAGGGGGCAGGACAUGGAUUGUCAAUGGGGAAAAAGUCACCACCCAAGAUAGGCCGAGACUUAAGAGAAGGUGGCCCGCUGCUCUAUGAGAACAUCACCUUUGUCUACAACUCAGAACAGCUGAAUGGGACUCAGCGUGUUCUUCUAGACAACGUCUUGUCAGAAGAGCAGUGCCGGGAGCUACACAGCGUGGCCAGUGGAAUCAUGCUGGUUGGUGAUGGAUACCGAGGGAAAACAUCGCCCCAUACACCCAAUGAAAAGUUUGAAGGAGCAACUGUCUUGAAAGCACUCAAAUUUGGCUAUGAAGGCCGAGUGCCACUGAAGAGUGCACGCUUGUUCUAUGACGUCAGCGAGAAAGCUCGGAAGAUUGUGGAAUCCUAUUUCAUGCUGAACUCAACCCUGUAUUUUUCCUAUACACACAUGGUCUGCAGAACAGCCCUGUCUGGGCAGCAGGAUAGAAGAAAUGACCUCAGUCACCCAAUUCAUGCAGACAACUGCCUUUUGGAUCCGGAAGUUAAUGAAUGCUGGAAGGAGCCUCCUGCUUACACUUUCCGGGACUAUAGUGCGCUCCUGUAUAUGAAUGACGACUUUGAAGGAGGAGAGUUCAUCUUCACCGAAAUGGAUGCGAAAACCGUGACUGCCUCUAUUAAACCAAAGUGUGGACGAAUGAUCAGCUUCUCAUCUGGGGGAGAGAACCCUCAUGGGGUGAAGGCGGUCACCAAAGGCCAGCGCUGUGCUGUGGCACUGUGGUUCACCCUAGACCCUCUUUACAGAGAAGUGGAGCGGAUACAGGCUGAUGAAGUGAUUGCCAUCUUGGAUCAAGAACAGCAUGGGAAGCAUGGACUGAAUAUUAAUCCCAAAGAUGAGCUAUAGAAAAGAGUGUUCUAUCAGAUAUUUAUUUAAAUUGUUAAUCUUAUAAGAACCUUUUUAUUUUUGUACAGAACCCGGGUAUAAAUUAACAGGAUACUAUGAGUUGCUAGAUUCUCCCUUCUGUUCCUAACUCUCUUUGCUCUUCCUUGGGUCCUUGGUUUUCUUUCAUUCAUCAUUCAGAACCCAGUCACAUACCCAAACAAAUAUUCCACACAGG